AUGGUUCAGCUGGUACGAGGUCUCUUGGGUGUGCCACUGCAGCAGCCCAUCCAUCCACACUUCACUCUUGCCCUCGUUCGCUCUCACUUCUCUCACUUGCCUUCGCCUCUUUACUCAUCACCCUACCUUUCUUCCUUAUCAGACCUCCGUCCUUUCCCCCUCCUCCUCCCUUCCUCUCUCUGUCCUCUCUCGUCCCAGCGGGUCGCUCACAUGGGAGAGGCAGUGGCGGGGGACAUGGAAUGGAGUGCACAGGCAGCAGCUGCUCUCCACCCGAACCCAACCACAGCUAAGUACCCAGCCUUCCUCUUGCGUACUGCAGGUAUACUCUCAGGUCUGCAGGGGAGGGGCGUGGGGGUCAACACCGCCAUUCCCUCACGCUCCUCCCCUGUGGCUGUGCAGGUGCAACGGUGGGAGGGGAGGGGGGCAGUACUCCACUCGGCUGGGGCAGGAAGGGAGAGUAUCGGGAUUGGGUCAUAUGAAACAAGCAGCCCCUCUGGUGGCGAGUUCCCAUCACUCCCAGCAGCGCCUUUGGGUGGUGUGAGGCGCUUCAAUGGCGGCAGCACAGCAGCCUCAAGGCUCAAGGCGCCACCGCCACUCACAGCCGCACCAGAUGAGUACACUCCCUCUAUUCCAUCUCGCUUCCUGAGAGUGGGAGCACUGAAGCAAGGACAGGAGAGUGAAGUCCACCCUCUCACUCACCUCCUCCUCUCUCCCUUUUCCCUUCCCUCCCAGCAGCACCCUACCUGGACCACAGUGGAAUCCCCUCCUUCCGUUCAUCCCCCCCUCCCUUCAACCACCCCUUCCCCAGCAGCCUAA